AUGAUCCAAGACGAGAGUUUUGCUUUCGACGAGGACCUUAUUCGAGAACAGAUGGAACAGAAUAUUGAGUUCUUGGGGCAGGAGGGUGUGAAGAAGUUGCGAAAGUCGUUUGUCAUCAUUGUCGGCGCAGGCGGAGUAGGGAGUUGGGCGGCGAGCAUGUUAAUUAGAAGUGGAGUUGGCAAGAUUCGUUUGAUCGAUUUUGAUCAGGUAUCGCUGUCAUCUUUGAAUCGUCACGCGACCGCGAUUCAGGCAGAUGUGGGCACACCCAAGGUGUUGGCCAUGAAGAAAGCCUUCCGGUCGCUCGCACCCUGGGUCGAAGUCGACGCGCGUGUAGAGUUGUUCCAGGAAGACACUGCAGAUGAGCUGCUUUCGGGUCACCCGGACUAUGUGGUGGAUGCGAUCGAUAAUAUCAAUACCAAGUUGGCCUUGCUUAAAUAUUGCUAUGACCACCAGAUCCCGGUCAUGAGUUCCAUGGGCGCAGGAGCCAAGGCCGAUCCUUCUCGCAUCCAGAUCAGCGAUAUCUCCGAGACCUUUGAGGAUCCGCUGGCAAGAGCUGUGCGCCAAAAGAUCAAGGCCAUGGGAGUCGAAUCCGGGAUCCAAGUUGUUUACUCGACCGAAAAGCCUCACCACGUCAAACUGCUUCCCCUGGACGAGACACAAGCCCAAGAAGCCGACGAAUACUCUGCGCUUCCAGAUUUCCGUGCCCGCAUUUUACCUGUCCUGGGUCCCUUACCCGCAAUGUUUGGCAUGUCCAUGGCAACUUUUAUCGCUUGCAAAAUUGCAGGCCAUCCGUUGGACCCAUUACCGAUCAAGCUGCGUCAGUCACUCUACUUGAGACUUCAUCGCGAGUUGAUGGUUCGGGAACACCGAUUGAAUAGGUCUGUGAAGACCAUUGCACUGGAACGGAGAGAUAUCGGCUAUGUGCUCGAGGAGGUCUUCCGGGGUAAGAGCGUGCUCUCGCAGAGCAGCGAUAAGAUCGGCCUGUGCCGGUGGAAACGUAAAGAACCGCUGAGUCUGCAAAAUGUGGUGGUGAUGACAAAGUCGGAGAUCAACAAGCACGAGAAGUUGCCGAUCGAUGCGGAUCUGGUCGAGAUCUAUGGACAAGAGGUCGUUAACCGCGUCGAAGCCUUGUUCCACAAGGAGGCCACGAUUAGUCCCUUGCGAUGA